AUGAAUGAAUCGAAUGAACUUAAAGGAAAAAAAGUAUACUUUUUUCCAACAUUGGAUAAAUACUUUGAAGGUAUACUUUUAUAUGAUGUGAAAGAAAAAAAAGCAUAUGUAUAUAGUAUUAAAAAUGAUCAUAAGUAUGAAACAUUUUCCAAAUGGAUAACUGGAUUAAAAAAACAAGGAUUAUUUAAAGGAUAUAAAUCAGCUCUUACAACUAUUUUUUUAGAAUCCAAUCCUACUAAUAUUCAAAAUAUUUUUUUAUUAAUUCAAAAAGAAAUUUUACCAGGUGGAAAAUUUAUAGGAACCAUUGUACAAGAAAUUAAUAAAGGUCUUGAACUUCACUUUUUUAAUAAAAAAAAAAAAUCAGAAAAGAUGAUGAUAAUUUUUGCUAAAGGUGCUUUAUUUAGUUACGAAGUUUGGGUAUUUAAUAAAAUAUUACCAGAAGUAGAUCUUCCAUUUCCAAUUAAAGCAAUGAAAAGAACUCUUAAUGAAAUCAAACAUAUUUUUUUUCUUAAAGUUUAUUAUAGACAAAGUACCAUUGGUUUUGAAAAUAUAGUUUGUAUUAGAGGAAAUCAAUUAGUUAGCAAUACACAAGAGCAUGCUGUUUUGGCUAUUUUGGAGAAUAAAGGUCAAUCAGAUGAAGUGCAUAAAAUAAUACAACAAAUUCAUAGAAGAUUUUUAUCUGGUGUAAAUUCUGUGAAAACUAUACAUGCUUCUAAAGAAAUUCUUAUAAAAAAAAUUAAUCAUCAAUGCAAAAUAAUUCAAGAACAAAAUUUAACUAUUACAAAUAUAAGAACUUGCUUACAGAAGAAGAUAGAAGAAGAAGGAGGCGAAAUCUCUGAUGAGAUGGAAAAAAUUGCUUAUACAGCUACUGAAAAUGUUACCAGUAAAAACAUAGAUAUUUCAAAUUUUCAUCCUAUUUUUCAAGAACUAAUUUGUAUUCAAAGUGAAAAACCAAAUGGAGUAAGAUACCAUCCAAUGUUUUUACGUUGGGCAAUAUCUGUAUAUAGUAGAUCUGGAAAUGCUGCCUAUAAUGCAAUGAAAACAAUAAUGCGUUUACCAUCAAUUUCUACCCUUAAAAGUUAUAUAAAUGAAAGUGAACAGCAUUCAGGAUGGCAAGAUAAAAUUGCUUCUCAAAUGUUAGAAAGUUUAACAACAAACAAAAUUUGGGGAUAUGGACGAGUAGGAUUUUUUUCACAUGAUUCCUUUAAAAUUCAAAAAGGUCUUCUUUGGAGUCAACGUGAAAACUGUUAUGUUGGAUAUUUAGAUUUUGAAAAUGAAAUGCAGGAUUAUCAAUCAUUUGCCUUGCAGUGUCAAUGUGAAAUAUCAGGAGAAAAUAAUUCAUUAUCUAAUACUAUAUCUGAAAAGCAAAAGCAAAAGAAUGAACUUGCAACUCAGGUUCAUCAAAUUGUUUGGCACUCAACAACACAUAACUUUGCCUUUCCAAUUGCUUAUUAUGGUAUUAAUAUAUUAACAGCACAUAAUUUAAAUACUUUAAUAUUCAACCUUGCAGCAAAAUUAGAAUGUAUUGGCAUACAUACAUAUGGUUCAAUUUGUGAUGGUGCAGGAGAAAAUAGAACUCAUAUAAAGAGUUUUGAUUGGUAUGCAUCAACCUGGUCUUCUGGUGAUUUGGUAGAAAUUAAUUUUGAUAAAACUAAAAAAUCAUUUUAUGCAGCAGAAAUCAUAGGUAGUAAUUCUGAAAGAUCAAAAUUUAUUGUACGUCAGCUUAAUCAUAAUAAUUCUGAAAUAAUUACAAUUGAUCGAGCUUAUAUUCAUCCACCAAUGCCUUUAAAAUUAGAAUGGAAUGUUAAUAAGUUAUGUGAAUUUAAAAAUCCAGAUGAUAAUCAAUGGUAUUUAGGAAAAAUUAUUGAAUUUUGA